AUGGACAAAAAAUCAAAGGAGCAGCCGACAGCAGCAAAAACGAAUAGACAUCGCCGGUCUACACGCAGUAAAUCGGUUCUUUCUUGACUUUCAAAUGAAGAAUAACGGAAAGCUCGAUAUUCAGGAACACAGGGAGCAAACCAGCACGGCCAAGAAAGCGCCGAAACUAAAUAAGAAAAAAGGCAACUCCACUUGUGCGUUUUGAUUCGAAGAUUAGAAGCUUUUGAAUUUCGCUUUACCGUAAUAAAGUAAAAGACUGACCGGGCUUGUGCUUCAGGCCGGGCUUUGGGCCUUCGUUCCCGAGAAGAAGCUUGCGCGGGCUCGAGCCAGGUUGCGAAAAGUUCUGAAGUUACUUUUGGAAAAUUAGCACCGAAAAAUCACUUCUCAAAUCAUACUUUCGUUUGAACUCUGAGUGAAAAAUAAGAAAAAGAUGACUUCUGUCGUUAAAAAAAGCUCGAUAUUACUUGACGGAAAUUUGAGAUUUUUAGCCCGGGGCCCCUAGGCUGACGGGUCCGCCCUGGCUCAAUCCAGCGCUGAGUUCAAAAAAGAAACAUUGAACAGAAAUCCGGACAGUCAGAAAUGGUUUCCGUAGAGUGAGGUUGAAAAAGCUUCAAGAUAGAAAAAAAGUCGGCUUGAGACAGGAAAAAAAAAAAUGAAAACACAAAAUCAUCAAAAUCCAUGCUUUUGGUAAAACGGAUUGUGACGGAAUCUUUUGAUUUUUUUAUUUCGCGUGAAAAGUUUGCGUUAUUCAAACUUAUCAAUAAAUCGAUAUAUAUUUUUUUUUCACGAUUUUUUUUUGUUUGCUAGAUUCCUGCGACUACUUUGUCUUAAAUCGUUCAUUUGCGUACCGUUCAGCCACGGAGGCGAGUCAGGUUACAAAGAAGACUUUGAAGUCGGCCAGCAACGGCAACAACGGGCCGCCGACGGUCCAUUCUCCCGACAACGUUCAACCGGCGACUUUCAACCCGGACGACCAGAAGAAGAACAACGUCGCCAGGGACUUUGUCGAGCACCUCGGUCCGUUUAUUCAGAACAUUCUGACGUCUUCUGCACGCUUUGCAGCUGUCGUGACUUAUAAGACGCAGUACGAGGACCUCAGGGCGAUCCAAGCUCCACUGGACCAGUGCAAGAUCUGGGCCGCCAACAUGAACCGCAACCAAACCGAUGUAAAUGAUUGCAGGCAUUCUCUUAUUGAAACCUUUUCAGAACUAUCCUUGUUUCGACGCGAAUCGAGUCGUUCUGCAAAUGUGUAAACAAGAUUAUAUCAACGCAACGGUAGUCAGUUUGGAAGGGGUCAGUUCAUUUCAGCUGUUGAGAAAUGUCGAGCUCUCAGAAAUCGCUGUAUAGAUUUUGAAUGUCAAGUUGUCGCUCAAGCUCCGCCCCUAAUGGCGCGAUAAACCAAUCAGAGAGCGAGCCAUCCACAGAGCGUUCUCGAAUGGCGUCAUUGUACUUGACAUUCAAAGAGUGAACAGACUAUAACGGAAAAAGUCCCUUUUUUUUCGAAAAGUCAAUAAAAAUGCUUUUUGAACUUCUCAAGAAAGUAGCAAAACAGAAAUGUAUCACUUUCAGUUUCCCUCGGUCAUCCUCACCCAAGUCCCUGUUUUCAGCGAGCCUUCUGCUGUUGAAGAAUUUUGGCGAAUGAUUUUCCAUGUUACUUCAAUUCCAACCUCUUUUUUUCUCAUCAAUUAAGCUUUCUCAGGAACAAAUAACCGCGGUUCAUCUUUUGUGCAAAAGCGAAGAAACGCCUUUCCGCUUUGGCGAACUUUUCCCGUUGAACACUGGCGCCUACCAGUACUUUGGCAGUAUGUUCAUCAACAAUCGCAAGGUCGGCGAGCGAGUUUUUUUCUUUUCUAGGAUAAAGAAAAUUUCUCCAGACUUCAAGGGAUAAUCCGGACAUAAUAAAAUAUUCGAUUGAAGUGCUUCCUGAGGGCUGUUCCAACGCCGUCAUGACUACAGUUUUUUUUUUUUUUUGGAGUAUUUUUGGCAGUUGAUUGGCAUAUUCGACGAAUGAUUAUACCAAACUUGAAAGUUAUUCUUCCAGGUUCACCAUCAUGGAUAUUGGGACCCUCUUUUGGGCCCUUCAAAGUUCAGACCGGCUCUCACCACCGCCAACCAAAUUCACCACGGCUUCGAAGUAAGACUUCCCUCGCAAUUUUAUUAUUUUAUUGUUUAUUAAAAUUCAGAAAACUGCAAUCGUGUCUCUGAACGGCGCUGGCAGGGCAGGAACCUUGUUGGCACUGUCGGUCGCUUUGAAAAACUUGCAAGAUGGCAUAGAGCCAAACGUUUUUGAUUAUUGGGAUCUUAGAAAAAUUCGGUUUUUGUGCUUCAGAUGAAAGAAAUCGUGCAAAAAAUUCGGUUGAAACGACCGUUGGCCGUGGAUAGCAUGCAACAGUUUGGCUUCUUAUAUCUCGCCUUUCUUCAUCAUAUCAAGGUUUGAAAUGUCCGAUUUCUCCCGAUCGGAAACCGUUGGUCGCAUGGAGAAUGGCUUAAAGAAUAAUGUUAAGAUGCGCCAACGCUAAGAAACAUUUGGGCAGUAAAAUAUGGAUUUCAAGUUUUCACUUCAAACUAAGUUUUUGACACAGUAUACACAAAAUUUGGUAUAAUCCGACGUUACCAACAUGUUUGAUUUUCAGCAUAAAAGUAUAACCAUUCGAUCCGUCUCGUCGAGAUACGUACGAAUAUCAUAGAAUUAUUUGGCGCUGACCACUUAGAAAAAUUUAAGAUGAACAUUAUUAGUUUUCAAUCAAGUGAUUAUUCUGAGGAAUAGAAGUGUUUGCUUUUUUUUUCAUGAAUUACUUAAGAAAAUAGGCUUAGCUUUAAGGCUUCACACGGAGGCGGAGCGCGCAUGGCGCGAAGCCGACUGUGGCUCGCUUCGAAAAAACUGAGCCACAGUGAACAAUCCGUCAAACAAAUGAAAUAAUUGAUAUAAAAAGCAUGUCUCGAACAUGUUUUUUUUACUGGCCAAGUCCUUUUGAGAAGACAACCAUUUCGUUUCCAACUCAAAUUUUGGGGAAACAAAAACAAAUUUCUUAAAUUUUUCCAGAGAAGAGUCCCGGUUGACUUGCAAGAAAAGGUGAAAGAAUUCAAGCAACUCUGUUCGGAAGCCACCUCGGGAGAUUAA